AUGCCACGGCUCUCCGAUCUACUAGAAUACCUCGCACAACCGGGACUCGAGGACGUAUGGGUGCUCCUCGAUAUAAAGGCGAAAUACAUGAAAGUAUGCAGGAAGUUCCUACCAGGCUUCCCAAUCACCUACAUCGGCUUCUCCAUCGUAUACGCCAGGCAAUACCUGAAGGUCCCUAACGUCUCCUUCAACAUGCUGCAGAAGGCUUUAGUAGGCGGCUGCGGAACGCGCUUCAUCCAGGACGCCAAGGCCGCGGGCAGGCCCAUCUACGUGUGGACUGUGAACGAAGAAGAGCAGAUGGAGUGGAGUAUAGAGCAGGGCGUAGACGGUGUCAUCACGGACGACCCGAAGCUGUUCCUUGAUGUGUGUGAGCGAUACAAGGAGCCGGUGGACGAGCCAGAGGCGGCCGUUGUGAAAGCACUGAGAAAGAAAGUCGGCGCCAAGGGCAAGUCCCCCAAGGUGACCAAGAAGUUCAUCAUCAACGCCUCGCAGCCGGCCAGCGACAAGAUCUUCGAUGUCUCUGCCUUCGAGAAGUUCCUGAACGAGCGCAUCAAGGUCGACGGCCGUGUCGGUAACCUGGGCGACACCAUUGCCAUCUCCCAGCAGGGUGACGGCAAGAUCGAGAUCAUUGCCCACAAUGAGCUCUCUGGCCGCUACCUCAAGUACCUGACCAAGAAGUUCCUCAAGAAGAUGCAGCUCCGUGAUUGGCUCCGCGUCGUCUCCACCUCCAAGGGUGUCUACGAGCUCAAGUUCUUCAACGUCGUUAACGACGAGGCCGAUGAGGACGACGAGUAA